AUGCCUUAAAUACGGGACGAUUCCGUAUUAUACGGAACGGUUGGCAACUCUACCCUUGCUGGACCGGUUUUGUCCCACGUCUCAAGAAUGACUGAUAGGUUACUUUUCUAAAUGUCUAAAGUGUUCUCGACACUUCCUUGUGCCGAUUGCUGUAAAGUUAGUGUUUACGGUCAAACCGAAAGUAAAGAGUCGGCUGGUGGGACUUAAUGUAACGUUACUGUGAAACUCCGACUGAAGAAAUAUGGACCUCGGUGAUGUCCAACAUCUCCCAGAGCUGAGGAUUGUGUUAAUGGGUAACAGAAGAGCUGGUAAGAGUUCAACAGGAAACAGCAUCCUGGGCAGAGAGGAGUUUAACUUGAAGAGAUCUGCUCAGUGUGUGAGGAGACAUGGAGAAGUAGCAGACAGACACAUCACUGUCAUUGAAGCUCCAGGAUGGUGGAGUAAUUACACUGUAGAGAAGAGUCCUGAGUUACUGAAACAGGAGAUUGUGCUCAGUGUGUCUCUGUGUCCUCCAGGACCACACACUGUACUACUGAUCAUACGUGUGGAUACUAGAUUUAAAGAGACUGAGAGAAAAGCAUUGCAGGGUCAUCUGGAUCUUCUCGGUGAGAGAGUCUGGAGUCACACUAUAGUGCUGUUCACCUGUGGAGACUCUCUGUUAGACACAUCUAUAGAGCAGCACAUUGAGAGUGAAGGGCAGGAUCUCCAGUGGCUGCUGGACAAAUGUGGGAACAGAUAUCAUGUUCUCAACAAUCAGAACAGGAGUGACCACACUCAGAUCAAGGAGCUGCUGGAGAAGAUUGAGGAGACAGUGGCACAAAACAACAGCUGCCAUUUUGAAAUAGACAGAAAGAUUUUACAGGAGUUGAAAGAGAGAAGAAGACCAGAGAAAGAGAGAGCAGACGAACGAAUGAAGAGGAUGAAAAAACAGAGAGAGGACGUCAGAUCACAGAUGAGUGAAGCCCAACGUCUCUCAAAGCUGAGGAUUGUGUUACUGGGGUAUAGAAGAGCUGGUAAGAGUUCAACAGGAAACAGCAUCCUGGGCAGAGAGGAGUUUGACUUGAAGAGAUCUGCUCAGUGUGUGAGGAGACAUGGAGAAGUAGCAGAUAGACACAUCACUGUCAUUGAAGCUCCAGGAUGGUGGAGUAAUUACACUGUAGAGGAGAGUCCUGAGUUACUGAAACAGGAGAUUGUGCUCAGUGUGUCUCUGUGUCCUCCAGGACCACACGCUGUACUACUGAUCAUACGUGUGGAUACUAGAUUUAAAGAGACUGAGAGAACAGCAUUGCAGGGUCAUCUGGAUCUUCUCGGUGAGAGAGUCUGGAGUCACACUAUAGUGCUGUUCACUCAUGGAGACUCUCUGUUAGACACAUCUAUAGAGCAGCACAUUGAGAGUGAAGGGCAGGAUCUCCAGUGGCUGCUGGACAAAUGUGGGAACAGAUAUCAUGUUCUCAACAAUCAGAACAGGAGUGACCACACUCAGAUCAAGGAGCUGCUGGAGAAGAUUGAGGAGACAGUGGCACAAAACAACAGCUGCCAUUUUGAAAUAGACAGAAAGAUUUUACAGGAGUUGAAAGAGAGAAGAAGAGCAGAGAAAGAGAGAGCAGAAGAACGAAUGAAGAGGAUGAAAAAACAGAGAGAGGACGUCAGAUCACAGAUGAGGGAUGUCCAACGUCUCUCAGAGCUGAGGAUUGUGUUAAUGGGGUAUAAACUUGCUGGUAAGAGUUCAACAGGAAACAGCAUCCUGGGCAGAGAGGAGUUUGACUUGAAGAGAUCUGCUCAGUGUGUGAGGAGACAUGGAGAAGUAGCAGACAGACACAUCACUGUCAUUGAAGCUCCAGGAUGGUGGAGUAAUUACACUGUAGAGAAGAGUCCUGAGUUACUGAAACAGGAGAUUGUGCUUAGUGUGUCUCUGUGUCCUUCAGGACCACACGCUGUACUACUGAUCAUACGUGUGGAAACUAGAUUUAAAGAGACUGAGAGAAAAGCAUUGCAGGGUCAUCUGGAUCUUCUCGGUGAGAGAGUCUGGAGUCACACUAUAGUGCUGUUCACUCAUGGAGACUCUCUGUUAGACACAUCUAUAGAGCAGCACAUUGAGAGUGAAGGGCAGGAUCUCCAGUGGCUGCUGGACAAAUGUGGGAACAGAUAUCAUGUUCUCAACAAUCAGAACAGGAGCGACCACACUCAGAUCAAGGAGCUGCUGGAGAAGAUUGAGGAGACAGUGACACAAAACAACAGCUGCCAUUUUGAAAUAGAUAGAAAUAUUUUACAGGAGAUUGAUGGUAUAAAGAAAACGAAAGAACAAAUGGACAAUUGGAGAGAGGACAACAGAUCACAGACUAUGAGUGGAGAUGAUGGAUCUGAUUCAUUGUCUAUGGGAAGUUCUGCUUAUGGUUCAUUCAGAUCACAAUCAGGAGCAUACUCAAUUUUUGGAUCAUCACAGUCCAGAGAUUCAUCUCACGCAAGUUAUGGGUCAGGGGCCAUAAAAAAACAUAACAGCAUGGACAGACUAUCACCAAACUUGAGUGGAGAUGAGCGGUCAGACACAAGGUCUGUGGGAAGUUCUGCUUACAGUUCAUUCAGAUCACGAUCAGGAGCAGACAGCGGUUCAGUUGUUAGCUCAUCGCGGUCAAAAGUCUCAUCUCACAGCUCAGGAUUCGGGUCUUUGAGGUCCGUCCCUGAGUCUGUGGAACAAUCGGAAACCAGAAGAGCACAUGGCCAACCCAACAUCUCAAAGCUUUUCCCAAGAAUAUUGAAGAAACACGGCAAGCAAGAAGAAAACUCUAAGAAAACUUGA